ACAGAUGCCUCUUGUGAUGGAUCUGUGUGUGUGUGUGUGUGCUGUGAUUAGAUUGUUCUCCGCCCCCUGAAUGCAGCAUAGGGAGGAGUGAGCUGAAUAACGGACUAAAGUGAUCUCACAAACAUCAUGUCUCUGACUCCGAGCACAUCUGCCAACCUGCAGUCCACCAGAAUGAAAAAGGAAGAGUCCUUCUUGGGAAAAUUAGGAGGAACGUUGAUCCGUAAGAAAAAAUCUAAAGAAGUGAGUGAUCUCCAUGAGGAGGGAAGAAAUGCCAUCAAUGCUCCGCUGCUUCCCUUGGGGACAGAGAUCUAUCCUGAAGACACUUUGCUGGGGUUUGAUGUUGUUUUCCACAGAGGAAAAUGCUGAGAGGAUGAUGUUGGACCCAACUUCUCGAGAGAACCUUAAAUUCAGUGAUCUCCUGAAGGUUCUGAUUGAGUGGAUCAACAGUGAACUGGAGGAGGACCGGAUCAUAGUGAAAGACCUGGAGGAGGACUGUUAUGAUGGACAGGUUCUGCAGAAGUUAUUUGAGAAGCUGUCAGGCAGGAAGCUGAAUGUAGCGGAGGUUACCCAGUCAGAGAUCGGCCAGAAGCAGAAGCUUACGACUGUUCUGGAGGCCGUCAACCAUCUGCUGAGGCCUCAUGGCUGGACCAUCGAGUGGAGUGUAGACGCCAUCCAUUCAAAGAACCUGGUGGCCAUUGUUUACCUACUGGUUGCGCUGGCCAUGCACUUCCAGGCUCCCAUCAGAUUACCGGAGCACGUUUCAGUCCAGGUGGUGGUGGUCAAGAAAAGAGAAGGAAUCCUGCAGACCGCCGUGAUGACCAAGGAGCUGACGAGCACCACAGAAAUGAUGUUGGGAAAAUUUGAGAGAGACGCGUUUGACACGUUGCUGGAUCACGCCCCCGACAAGCUCAAUGUUGUCAAAUCGUCCCUCAUCACCUUUGUGAACAAACACCUGAACAAGCUGAACUUGGAGGUGACUGAGCUGGAAUCUCAGUUUGCAGAUGGAGUGUAUUUAAUUUUGCUGAUGGGGCUGCUAGAGGACUAUUUUGUGCCGUUGUACAACUUCUUCCUCACCCCAGAGAACUUUGAGCAGAAGGUCCACAAUGUUGCCUUUGCCUUUGAACUGAUGCAGGAUGGAGGCCUGAAGAAACCCAAAGCAAGGCCAGAAGACGUUGUCAACCUGAACCUGAAGUCGACUCUCAGAGUCCUUUACAACCUCUUCACCAACUACAAAAACUCAGACUGAUCUUGCUUAGGCCUCAGCCUGUUGUGUGAACACUGCCCUGUGCUUCUGCUGACGUGGUUACGGUCCGGACCCUGGAGGAAGCCACCUGGGACUGAACGACAGCGCCAUUAUGAGCAGCCUAAACGACCCCGGAGGAGAAAGCCUGUAUAAGGCUCUGAAUGUUAGCCUUUAGUCAUCUCCAAUUGUCACUAUUUAUUUAUUCUGUCCUCAAACGUUAUCUGCCACGCAAGCAGCAGAGCGACCUUUAGCUUUGCUUUUGAAUGCAGUCGUCAGGGGGAAAUCAUAAAGUUGGAAAGCACGUCUCAGACUGGACUGUCUCUGCAGAAAAGCUUAGAAAGUCACUUACAUUUGUGCAGGAAAUCUACAGUUUCCCAUUAAUGUAUUUGAAGAAAAAUAUUCAUUUGUUGCAAAGAGGGUUGUUAACUAAUUUCAUGUUUUGUGUAAGCCUAUAUGCAAAAAUCUGAUUAUUAGCUUACCUUUGUUGUUUCCUGUGUAAAGGUCUACAUGCACUGCAGUGUUAAACAUAAUAUAUUGAUUUUUAUUUUAAGCUGAUAUUUAAUUAAAAAUAUUUUAAGAAAAUCACGAGUUAAAUGACAUUUGUUAGGUAAAAAUGUAAAAAUAACAAAGAAAUCUAACAAAGCAUGUCACAACUAAUCAGUUUGAGGCAUCAUCCACAUGGCUGAGUGCAACAAUAAAACAGAGCACGUGA